UAUCGUUUCAAUUAACGACAGUCCGUCCAGGCGCGAUUGUGUUACUACGCGUGAAAAGUGCAUUGAAAAUUUUUGUAGCAUCCGCGACAGUCGGCAGUCGAUAAAGCAGCGAAGUAAACGAAACAUGCGAUUGCUCGUGUCUACGCGCGAUCGUCCCGGAGGUGUGCUCUUCGUCGUUCUUGGUCUCUUGAUCGGCCACUUGAUCGUCGUCGAGUGCAAAGGCGUUGGAAAAUUUUACAGCAGGCCGAUGAGAUUCAGAUUGCAGUGGGAGGACCAGGAGACUUCAGCGACUAAUUCAGAGAAAGAGGAAAAACAUCCCGAGGAAGAUUCCGAGCAAGGCGAUGGACACGAGCACAAGGAAAAACAUUAUCACGACGAUUCCGAGGAAGAUCACGAGAGCUACGACAGUCAUCAUAGCCACAGCAAAGGCCACAAAGGACACCACGACAAGAGCGAUCACGGCCACCAUUACCAGAAGGAGGACACCGACGGCAAAGGCGAGCACGAGGCGCACGGCUACGAGCUCAAGUAUCACCAGGGCGAGAAGGGAGCGAAAUCCGAGGAUUUCGAGGAGGAGGGACACCAUCAGAAGGGCCACAACACCAAGGGUGAACAUAAUAUCCAUAAAAAGGAUGAAUACGACAAGAAGCACGAUUUUUACGACGAGUUCUUCGACGACGGAGACGAGGAGCAUCACCACAGCCACCAUCACGAUCACAAGGAUCACGCCGGAGCUCAUCACGAAAACGGCCACGACAAAGAUGCCAAAUCUGAGGCGGAGAAAACCGAUGAAAAUUCGUUUCAUCAUAAGCAGCAUCUCCACAAGCUCGAUCAUAAUCACGUUCAGCACAAAAAUUUACAUUAUCACAACGACAACGCUAGACACGCCAAAAAGGGCGAACACGAUGGGCAUAGAAAAUUUACUCUUGGCCACGGAUAAUUUUAGUUCAUACAAAUUCUAUUCCUUACAAUUAUUGA